GCCAAAAAGUAGAAGAAAUUCAGUAAUUCAUAUGAUUGAUCUCAUCCACUUUCAGAUGCAUUUUGCUUUCCAAUUCAACAACAUGAGAGUGCUCGUCCUUCUUCUAUUUGUCAUUCAGUUAAUAAAUGGCGAUAGACGAUUCUUCAUACCCAGUUUAAAGGCCAACUGGUACAAGGCGGUAGAGUUCUGCACCACAUUGGACAAGAGAUUGGCAUCGAUCGAAAAUCAGGCCAAAAGCGACGCAAUCGCUCAGUAUGUGCGCGAGUCGGAUAAAUUCGCCAACGUAAGUCGGCUAUGGAUCGGUGCCAGCGACCUGGCCGAGGAGGGCGUUUUCACGUGGCUCCACAAUGAGCAGCUCCUCACGUACACGCUUUGGAAUGAAAACGAACCGAAUAACAACGACAAAAAGGAGCACUGCGUGGAGCUGACCUAUCAUACCGGAAAGUGGUUUUGGAACGACAUGGAGUGUGCAUACGAUACGUACUUCAUCUGUGAAGAAAUCGAACGACAAUGUCUGUAGAUGCAUAAGUGAAGUUAAAAUUUAUCAUAUAAGAUAACCAAAAAAUACACACGAAGUUUUUUCCUCUGAAUCUGA